GCUGCCCAUUUGCAAAGAAGAGCUAUUAACUUCUUGUAAAAAAAACGCGGGUAUAAUCUCGAUAUGGCAUCAUGCGUCUUGUACUUCGUAUUCCUAAUAUUUGCGGCUCAUAAAUUGACUGACGCUGCGAAGUUAAACCACCCGCGAGUGUUGCUUCCCAUUUUCAACGACAAACCCGUCAACUUCACUUUGGAGGUGGACGAACGAAAUUGCUACAAAUGGACAUCUUCCCGCCAAGACCUUAUAUCUGUGCAACCGGUGUAUCAUGGCUUCAGCGAAUGCGCCUACGAGGCGGUGGUCACAGUGCGGACCCGCGAGCGACGCCGCAACACGGCCAUCGUGUUUGCGGAGGAUGUGCAGACCGGUGCCAUGCUGCGCUGCGACGUGAUAGUGGACAAAAUUAGCAGUCUGAACGUCCGGACUGCCACACGGCAGCUCUACCUGGAGGAGGCGCCAGCGAUCUUCGAGCUGCACGCCUUUGACUCUCAGGGCAACGAGUUCUUCACCCUCGAGGGAAUCGAGUUCAACUGGGACAUCUCGGAGCAUGACAGCAAGAAGCCGCCCGCAAUGCGGUUCCUCACCUUCUCGAAAAGCCCCUACCACACUGUGCCCCCCGCCCUCGAGAAAUUCGAAGCCGCUGGCAUCAAGGGCUACAUGAUCCUGCUGGAGGGCAUCAAUACGGGCACUUCAAAGAUAACAAUCACAAUGCCCUAUGCCGAGUACAGCAAUGUGAAGCCCAUGGAAAUAUAUAUCAGUGUACUGGCCAAUAUCAUUAUCGAGCCUUCCGAGGUUACGAUCCUGAAAAAAGACUCCAUUAGCUUCCGCAUUCUCCAGCUGAAGAUGGACAAGCUGCAUGACAUUACGAAGAGCAACCAGUACUUCCUCGAAGUGGAGGAUGCAACAGUGGCCAGCUUGAAGGGCAAUACUGCAACGGGAAACGAACUGGGGCGCACCCAGAUCAUAUUGCGCGAUCGAAACAUGCCGGAAACCGAUAAGAACACCAAGGGGCCCAGUGCCCUGUUGACAGUGGCAGAGCCCCAUAAGCUGGGCAUCAGCCUCCUGCCUCACAACAACUGGGUGACGGUGGAGGGCGAGCGGCACGAGGUGGCCUUCGACCUAUACGCUCCAGAUGGCCAGAAGGUUAUGUUGGGCAGCAAGUUCGACAUUAGCUCCCGACUGGAUGAGUCUCUGUUUGGCAUCAUCGACAGAACGGCAAACGGCAGCCGUUUGUAUGGCGAAGCCCUGAAGAAGGGUGUCAGCCUGAUCCAUGGCACAUACAAAAAGCUCAUGGUGGAGGCAGAGCUGCAGAUCUUUGAUGAGUUGCGGCUCAAACCCACUAAGGUGAUCCUGCCCUACGAUCCGAACAGCAUAAAGCCGCUCAAGCUGCAGUUCCAUGCGACUGGCGGGGACAACAGCUACGUCUGGUUCUCCGGCAAUCCGCAGGUCCUGCAAAUCGACGCCCAAGGCUUGGCCACUACCGAAAUCCGGGACGUACGUGCCUCCACUGGCACGCAGGAGCAGCACGAGGACGGAAACCUGCUGGCUGCCCACACCACCGUCAAGGUGGCCCUUGCCAAGAACCAGAACGUGGCCCGAGUGGCUCAGAUCUACUUCUUCUCGCCGAAGCGGCUCGAGAUCAAGAAGUACAACUUCGAGACGGCCCUCAAGGACUACGUGCUUCUGCACGUGGCUGUCUUCGGCCAUGUCAACGACUCGGAUGUGCCGUACACAAACUGCGAUAACUUGCACUUCCAGCUGGACUUCAGCCAACCCAUCCUGCAGCACGAGAGCAACGGAGAAGCUGUUGAACUAGCUGAUGGUGCGUGUCAUGUGCUCAGGCUGCGGGCCACUGCCGUGGGCAGCACCUCGCUGCGCGUCUCGUAUGUCUUUCAGAACAAAGUGCUUCAGGACGCGGUCGAUCUGCAUGUGUACGAGGCGCUGAGCGUCCUGAAUCCCGUGGAGAAUGAGCUGGUGCUGCCCAUUGGCGCGUCGCGAAACUUGAUCUAUGUGCAUGGGCCGCGCCGCAUCUUUACCCUGGAGGCGGAGCUCAUCAAGGCCACAAACUUCAACGGCAAGAUCGUCGAUGUGUCGGAGAUUGAGUUCGACACCCAGGACCCCAUCACCUCGUUCAAUGUGCUGUGCCGCCAGCUGGGCGAGACGGAGUUCACCUACCGCGUGUACAACAGCCUGGCCACGUCCAAUUUCGUCGCCUAUAGUUCGACGGUAACCACCAAGGUGCACUGCGUGAAGCCGCGCUUCCUGAAGCUAUACGCCAGACAAGAACUGCGCCAGUCGUGUCCCCUUGAGCACCGCUCCUCGCUGGUGUACCUCAAGAACCGGGAGAAUAACUUUGAGAUCGAGAUAGAGGUGCAGGACGCCAAGAACCGCAGGCUCAUGAACGUCAGCUCGCUAUGGCUGGAAUGGGAGUUUGCCUCUGGCGACGAGCGAUACCAUGUGGACAACAUUCCCCAUCGUCAGCUGUCCGAGCUGGAGUACUUCCACGGCGUCAGCGUCCCUUCUGCCGAAAUCCUCGUCCUCACACUGAACGAGGUGGCGCCGAACUUCCGCAUCAAGGGCACGGUGGUCCACUACAACGAUAAGAUGCUGUCCCAUCAGAACAUUAACGCGGAGCGCCCUCCCUUUGGGGUCGAGAACCGGAAAACGGGCAGUGUCACUACGCCGUUGAUUGAGAACGAGAUCAGGUUCCACACGGUGAACAGAACGCUGCUGGCGAAGGAUGCAAUCAGCAUCUACCUGGCCCCCUCGUACAGCGAACGCAUCCCCCUGGCCCAGGGAAGCGGCUUCUUCCAGAUAGAGCUCUCCGAGUCCGGUAUUGUCAAUGUGGUGCAUGACGAGAAGUCCGGCGGACUGGUGCUGACACCGCUUCGUCUGGGCCAUACGCGCCUCGAGCUGACCGACCGCUGUCUGAUGAAUGAGCCCAGCCAUCUGUCCAUCUCCGUGGUGGGCAUCGGCUCGAUCAGCGUGGUCAGCAUGGAUCGGGUGGAGCGAGCUAAUUCCAUCGAAGCGAUUGUGCAGCUCUUCGACACCAAUGACAAUGAACUGCACGUGGAUCCGUCAUAUUUGGCUGUCUACGACCUCUCCGAGGUCGUCUUUAAUCCGAAUAUAUUGAACGUGCGUCUGGACAUGCAGCACAAUCUGAGGCCAGGCCAGAUACGGUACAGCAUCACCGGCAAAAAUAUCGGAGAGACGAAGAUAGUCUUCCAGUCCGGCAAGGGGUCGCAGCAAGUGUCCAGCGAGCCGAUCGUUGUCCAGGUGUUUGCCCCGAUCCGCCUCUACCCGCGCGACUCCACACUCUUGGUGGGCAGCAGCAUCCAGAUCUACUGCCAGGGCGGUCCCCAGCCCAACACAAACCUGAUCUACACCGUGGAGAAGGAACAAGUCGCGACCAUGAGCUCCGCCAUUGUCACGGCACAUCGCCUGGGAGCCAGCAAUAUCACCGGGAAGUGUCUGAUGAAGAACCCCGUCACUGGCAAGGAUGAAGUCGUCUCCCAGGACACCAUCGAGGUCCGUGUGGCUGCUCUGAAGGGCGUGGAGAUCCGCACACCGCUGGUCCGGAUUCGCAGUGGCGCCGUCAUGCCCGCCACCCUAUGGGGCCAGCCGGACUUCUCGCCCAUGGUGCUGGGAACGCUGGAGGACAUGCAGAUCACCUGGACAGUCAGUCAGCCGGGAAUCGUGGAGAUAUUCAAUGUGUUAACCGAAGCGGGAAUCGAGUACCAGAGCGGCGACCUAAUCUCGGUACGGGUGCGCGCCCUGAAUCCCGGCAAGGUCACAAUCACAGCGUCUGUGCGACUGGCAGAUGGCACAAGGCUGCCCUCCUCCAGCGUUGAGCUAAUUGUUUUCAAAACACUGGAGCUGCUCGGACCCAAGCCCAUCAAAAUGGACGUGAUUCUGGCGGCGCCACACAGCACGCUUCAGUUGAAGUCCAACAUCGACGAAGCGGUCUAUAAGCUGGAUGAGCAGAGCAGCGGCAUUGUUAGCGUGACGCCAGAUGGCACUGUACACACAAAGGACACCCUCGGACGGGAUCUGAUAAUUGCCAAAACCGUGGACCAAAAUAUGCCCAUCGGCAUUGAGGUGAAGGAUGUGCAGUUCAUCCUGGUGUCCCUGGUGCCAAACAUAAAAUUCAGGCAGCCAGAGCACAAAAUACCGCGCGGCACGAACCUCGUGUUCAAAGUGUCGCUGCACGACAAUCUGGGCAACGAGUUCUCCCACAACAUCGAGGACGCCAACGGGCUGCGCUACGAUCUGGCCACCAAGGAUGUGGUCGAUGCCCAGAUCGGCAACAAUCUGACAAUUGCGCUGAACCUGCAACGCGAGACGAACAACAUGAUAUCCAUCAGUUUAAGGGACACGAUGCGCGUUAAGUAUGCUGAGGACUAUAUCAAGCUGUCCGUGGUUGAGUCGCAGAACAUCUACCCCACCAAGACAAUUUUCUCUGUGGGCGACAUCAUUUGCUUCGAUUCACCGCUAACGUUGUCAUCGAUUUGGAGCAGCUCCAAUGAGCAGAUUGUGACGAUUAAUAAGCGCACAGGCAUUGCCCGCGUGCUGAACCACCGCCACAAGGUGGGCGAGAAGAUUGUGAUCACCAGCGGCGAUGGGGCCAACCCUGGGGGCUUCAUCAAGUACGGUCUGGAAGUGCGCGAAUCGGAUGCGAUUGUGUUUGCCAAAUCGCUGGACAUAUUCAGUGGAUCCGAGUAUCGGGGACUGUUGGUGCUGCGCAACCACAUGCAGUCCGAGAAGCACAGCAACCUGAUCGCUCACAACGCAACAAAGUGUGCCAUUCAACUGGCCGAUGAGCCCGUGGAUGUCUUCGCCUGUCGAGUGGUGGCCAAGGAUGCACUCGGCCGGCAGCUGCUGAAGCUCUACAAGGCACAGUCCAUGUUUGAUGCCAGCAGCGGGCAGUACGUCUGCCGCGUGAAGCUGCUCUCCAGCUUCAUCGAGCUGCUGGCCGUUGUCAAGACAAACAAUGUCUAUUUGGAGCUGCAGGCGACGAUGCCCAGCGGCGUUUUGGAUACCAUGUCACUGAAAUUGGUGCCGGGCAUUAAAGUGAAGCCCGAAUUGGUCCAGGUGACCGAUUUGAAGCCACAGGAGCUGCACAUCAGUGGGCUGGACAAGGCGCUGCACAAGCUGCAGGUCAAACCAUCGAACAGCAAAUACUUCUCUGUGGAUUUCAUUGAGCACGGCCAUGGCAUCGGCAAAUAUCGUUUGCAAAUCUUCGAGGACUUUCCGCUGGAUGAAAACUAUUACGUACUGAUUGAAUCCCCGGAAACGGAGCAGAUCAUCAAGGUGCCCAUUGUGGGCAGCACAAUGCUGGCCCAGAAGUGCACCGACCGUUCCUAUGGCGGACCUCUGAUCUCUCGUCUGGUGGAGAAUAUUGGCUUCCUCGCUAGCUCAGUGGUGAUUGUAAUCAUCUCGAUAUGGGUGUACAUGUCUUGGUUCCAAUCGGAGGGCGUCAAGCAAGUCAACUCUGAGGCUUUCCAGAAGAAGAACUCGAGUCCCACCGCAAGUCCGUCCUAUAGGCACCCCCAGUUAUACGCCGACUCAAUGACCCCGACGAUUUCUCGGAAUUAUUCUCCUGGCCGUCUAAGGGAAAAUCUGGACAGUUCAUCGGAUUCAUUUGUUUACGGCCACCCGCGGCUGAACUCCCCAAACAGAUCCGGCAAUUCGCCUCGCUUCAACUAGCUUGAAGUUCAAAAGGAGGCUUGAUAUUGGCCCUGAAGUUUGAGAGUUUGAUCUGCGAUUCCCUCCUUAUUUUUGUUUGUUAUAUUUUCGUUAUGUAUAUAAGUCGAGUCUAGUGUAAGUUUUGUAGUGCCUAGUCUAUAGUUAAGGGGAAACGUAACACAGCUAAUGCACAUAUAUUUUCUAUAAAAACACUUAUUUAUUCGCUGAGAGGAAUUUAUGUUGCGAAAAUCCUAAACCAAGAGACUAAAUAAAUGAUUAAGAGUGAA